AUGCAAUCUAACCCAUCAACAUCAUCCUUCUUGUUAUACCUUCUAUCGGAGCACCCCACGGUGGUCGGAUUCCGUUGGAGCCACGCCCAGUCUUGGGGAGCCACAUGGGUCUUCCUCUUCUCCUCCAUCGCCGUCUACUUCGCAGUCUCCGUCGUCCUCCACCUCCUUCUCCUCCUCUUCCGCCACCGCACCCGCCCAGUACCCCUCGGCCCCAUCCCUGCUCUCCACAGCCUGGCCAUGUCAAUCAUCUCCGCUACCAUACUCGUCGGUACAUUGACCUCCGCCGCCGCCGAGAUCCGAGACACGCGGUGGCUCUGGGGCCGCUCAAAAACCCCACUCCAAUGGCUUCUUUGCUUCCCACUCGGCACGCGCCCAUCAGGGCGCGUAUUCUUCUGGUCAUACGUCUUCUACCUGUCACGUUACCUUCACGUGAUCCGGACGUUCUUCACCAUCUUACGACGUCGUAGACUCUCUUUAUUCCAACUCUUCACUAAUUCCAUUCCAAUGGUUAUGUCGUUCCUAUGGCUGGAAUUCUCACAAUCGUUUCAAGUACUGGAAAUCGUCUUCACCACAUUCACGUAUUCCAUUGUUUACGGGUACAGGUUAUGGACGGAAUUAGGAUUACCAACGGCGUCGUUUCCACUGGUGGCCAACAUUCAGAUAAUCUUGUUGGGUUUGAAUUUGAUUUGCCAUUGUGGGGUUUUGUUCUUGCAAGUAUGGAAAGGUGGGUGCAAUGGAAUUGGGGCGUGGGUUUUCAAUUCCAUCCUCAAUGGUGCAUUCCUAUUCAUGUUCUUGAAUUCCUUCGUCAAAAUGCGUUGGAUUCGUAGGAAAGCUCUGGAAUCAUCGGCCACUAAUGGUAAACAUGAAUAA